AUGGCAGGACUACAUCUUGAGGGGGAGGACGAUGAACUUCUCCUGGAAGAUGAGAUUACGGGAGACUCAUCGGUCUCAGCGGAUCUCUGCCUUGUUGGACGUUUCAUCACAGAUCAACCAGUGAAUUUCAACUUGAUGCGAAGCCGUCUUGCCAGCAUCUGGCGUCCGGGGAAAGGGGUCUUCAUGAAAGAUAUUGGGGAGGGCCGUUUUAUUUUCCAAUUCUUCCACGAAGUAGAUCUCAAACGUGUCUUUGAAGGAGGACCUUGGUCGUUCGGUAAUCUUCCGCUUAUUCUUCAUCAUCUACGACGGGGCGAAUUUCCUCUAAAAGUGCCCUUGGAUACGCUACCUUUUUGGGUACAAAUCCAUGAUUUACCCGCCGGUUAUCUUACGGAGGGGAUUGGAAAAUUGCUUGGAAAAUUCAUUGGAACGUUUCUGGAGUACGAUAGCACAAACUCGACUGGUGUUUGGCGUCAAUACAUGAGAGUAAGAGUGGGAGUUCGGGUGGAUGAACCCCUGAAGAGAUUCAAGAAAAUAAAGAAUAAAGACGGAUCUUCGUUCACGGUCAACUUUAGGUAUGAGCGGCUCCAUAUCUUCUGUUUCUUAUGUGGCCGCCUUGGCCACUCUGAAAAUUUCUGCGAAUUAAUGUUCAAUGCUGAGGCCAAAAAUUCGGAAAGACAAUGGGGUGCGUGGUUGAAAGCAGCCGACCGGAGAAGCCAGACCCUUGCCGGCGACAAAUGGAUCAGGACUGAUGGAGGAGAAGGAAACCCUAGUGGGGUGGCGGCUCAAACUAGGGUUUCCCCGAAGGCGCCCCAAACUGAGCCAAAACAGAAAGAGCAAGAAUCACGGAGCCUGCGAUCUGAGAUUAUCUCGACCCGUGAUUCGCGCGAGUCAAUCCCUCAGAUCUUGCCUCGUCAGAUUCUCCAAGAUAUCAGUUACAAACAAAACAACCCGGAUUUCAUGCAACUUGCGAUCCCCGACGCGACGUACUCGGAGGAAAGAAAACGGCGGCGGGGAUACAACUCUGAGAAUAUCGGAAACACCUCAUCAUCUGAGCUCUUUCUCGCUGGUUCUACCGGAGAUGGUUCAGAUGUUUCUACUCUCUCAACGGCGGGCUCCGAGCACGGAGUCGGCCGGUUCCAAUGA